AUGUUCAUCUUCCUGUGUCGCGAGUUCGACGUCUACGUCGGCAUUAUAUGGUGGUCCUUUGGUGCGGUCUUGGGAUGCACCAUCUUCGGCGCCCUGAUGCGCGGGGUGAGCACCAAGACCCUCUGGGCCCUUUUGGGUCUCGCAUGUCUAUUCGACCUCGUCCUAGAAGAUUGCCUGCUCAAUUACGGCGGGCUUUACCUCUACUACGGCCACCAGCCUCUGGUUCUGUUCGCCAUGUUCCCGUGCUGGUGGGCCUUCUGCAAUGUGUCGGCCGUCUUCCUGGGCAUUGCCCUGACGUACCGGUAUCGGGAGUGGUUCAACGGCUGGCGGAGCGUGUUCGUCCUGCCGAUAUUGCCGUUUUGCUACAUCGCGGGAUGGUCUCUGCCCGCGAUGCCCACCGUUUAUGCCGUCCACGCGGACUACUCUCCUUUUAACACGCAGCUAUGUGGUCUUCUGACGUGCUGUUUGGCACUAGUUCAGACCGGGGUCAUGAUUGACAUCCUUCUCGGGCGCGAUCCGCUCAGUUUCGAUCAAGCCGGCCAGUCGGUGAAGUUGGACAAGAGGUCACUGUGA